AUUUGCGAGCAAAACGGGGGCGCUCAACUAUGCUUGCGAGGACACUUGUGUAAUAUUUCGCACGAAUCCACUAUAUAUGCUCCGGGCGAGGGUCCUGCAGCAUCACAUCAUCAGCUGAUUCCUCCGAGACCACCCAACAAGACAAGCAAAAUGAAAAUCUUUGUAGCUCUUUGUGCUCUGGUCGCUGUGGCAACCGCCGGCGAAGUCCGCGAGAAGCGAGGCGUACUUGGUGGCAUUAGCUCCGGCGGAAUCGGAAUCAGCAGCUACAGCGGAAUCGGUCUCGGUGGACUCAGCGGCGGAAUCGGUGGACUUAGCAGCGGAAUCGGCUUGUCAGCGCCCGUCGUUGCUUCCGCUCCAAUUGUAUCCGCUCCAGUCAUUGCCGCCCCUGUAGUGGCCGCGCCCCGCGUAGUCGCCGUCAACAGGGUUGUCAGCGUACCUAGGGUCGUCACCGUACCACAGGUCGUGCAAGUCCGCAAGGUUGUCAACGUACCCCAAGUGGUCACUGUUAAGAAAGUGGUCUCUGAACCCGCCAUAGCCGCGCCCGCGGUUGCCUCUUACGGAGUUGGGGCUAUCGGUGCCGUCGGCGCUGUAGGUGGUAACGGAUGGUGGUGAUCUGUUAAGUCCAUUCUAGUCUCACGAUAAGGGUCUUCACAAACGAGGGAUGGUCUACUGGAUAUAUUUAGCAGUUUAAUUUUAUUAUCAAAAAACACGAUGUGAAUCAGUUAUGUGAUAUAAAUAAAUGUGAUUAACAUAAAAAAGUGCCCUUAAGGGCCAUCCUUUGGUUAGACAGACCCUAAGUGCCAAUUUAUGUGUAUAUGGGUUGAUUUUUUCCUUAACAGAAUUUGAGUAUCACAUUGAGUAAGAAAAGUUUAACAUAAAUAUCUCAUAUAUUUAGUUUUUAUUUAAAAAAAUAUUAAAAGUAGUACCUUUAAAAAGAUAAUCUCUUUUUUCUUUUAUUUUUCUAAAUCACGUUUCUUUAAAAUUAUUAUUUUAUUUAUCUUCGCGCCAGUUUCUUUAUAGAUAACAGUAGAAAAGUAAUUACCAAAAUGGCUGUAUUAUAACCGUUUAUAUUUCUUGCUAUGUCUUUUUUUUAUUGAUAUAGUUUUUAUUAUUUAUUUUCAAGUAUUCAUUAAAUAAUUGGUCUACUAUAAUAUUAUAUUGUAUAAAUAUAAAUUGUAUAAAAUUGUAAUUGUGGUAAAUAAUUGUUAC